AUGGCUUUGAUCUCUCAGCCCGACGUCUACAUGUGCGACGACUUUGGAGCCUUUGAACAUGACCUUGGUGCUACCGAUGCGUAUCCCACAUUUUCGUCCAUCGAACCACUGGACUCCGGCGUCGACGAGCAAACUCGCCUGGAAAAUGUCGCUCCAGGGCCAAACCAACCGCAGUGGCGAUCUCCACCCCCUCUGCGCUUGAGGAGGAAGCCUGUAUCAUCUAUCAUCUGGGAGGAAAGGAAACAAGUCAUCCUAGAUCUCUAUAUUCGUCAGCAGCUCCACCUAGAUGAAGUGCAAAAGAGGAUGAAGGAGCAGCAUGAUUUUGAUGCCACUGAGCAAAUGUACAAGAAACGUCUACGGGAGUGGGGAGUACGGAAAUACUACACACAACCGCAGAAACUCGAUGCCAUCAGACAAUUGCGUGAAGCGCCAACAGAGACCCGUGACACCUUGCUGUUGCAGCUGAACGGCCUGCCCAUCAAGGAACGUCGAUUAUGGCGCCCUGUCAUGCAAAACAGGAACCGUGUCAUUCUUGCUCCUCGGCCUUCUCCAGACUCGAGAAAAAAUGGGCGAAAUGGGCGCCAGCAACUCAGCCGCACACCCGCUCCGCAGCGACUUCAGCUCAAACUAGGUCAAGAAACCCAGACUAUCGAGGCCUUACUAAAAUACGCCGACCGAUAUCAUUCGUGGUAUCUAGGACAGGACCGGACCAAGGUUCAAUAUGGGUACACUCGGGGGCUUGGGCGAGUUUUCGGUGGGCUGACAGAUGCUUUUCAUCUUCUUCGCAAAGGCGAUUCCACGGGGUAUUGCCUCAUAAAUCAAAGCUGUUCUCACUUUCGUGCUGUCCUGCAGACCCAACCAUUCCAGUUGAUGACACUACUGAUUCAAGUCUUCGCAACCCGCCGAUAUAUUCCCCAAGAGUAUUGGGAGAUGCGGAACUUAGUCCUGAAAUUCUUUGCUUCGUUAGCGAGAACAAGCUGGGAGAUGUCGCAUCCUAUACCCAAUAUUGCAACGCUUCUUCUUAAGAUGAACCAAGAGCACCUUGCUUCAUGCUUGACAUCGUAUGCAGAACUCCUGUCUGACCAAACGAAAACAAUCCACGACGCCACGGACUCCGCCAGAAUUCAACUAUCCAUAAUUGCGCUUUUCGAAGAGGCCGGGCAACUUGAUAAGGCAUCUAACUUGUGUUGGCCUCUGUGGGAAGCUGUUCAACGCGAUUCUUCUGUUCCACCCCCAGUGUGGACUACAGUCAUGAAUACAUGGGUCAAUUUGUCAAUACAAAGGAGAGAUUACUUGGCAGCCGAGCAAUUCCUCAUGCAGAGAAUCAGCGAAAGUUCUGUCCCUACUGGCAAGCGGAUUGACGACAUCUACAGAAUCCAUGAAUGGAGGCUACUGGGUUGGGUGUAUUAUUGUAUGAAGAAGCCAGCAGAAAGCGAGAAGUUCCUUCGGCUGGCACUCGAGGCUACUCUGCAAAACGAGGGCUACUUCACCAAGUCAGUCGUUCAUGGAAUUUUAUUUGAAGUCGAGUUUGUUCUUGAGCAAUUCGGGAAAACAGAAGAGCGCGCUCAGCUUCGAAUUGAGCACCAACACAUCUGGGCGGAAUUGGACGAGUGGAGACUCGAUCGUGAUCUUCCAGCGGGGACAAAUUAA